UUGUGCUCUUUCUGAUUACUCAAGCUGGUUUCGGAAGUGUUGUUUCUGGACGCCUUCACACACCAGAAUGUUUUCGUUCCUGUUCUUUGCUGUGCUCUGCGCCAGCUGCCUGGCAAAACCCACCUUGGUGCACUACUCCUACUCUCGUGCAGUUGGAGGUGGUAGUGGCACUUCCUUCUCCUCAGACGGACAGGGAAGGGUCACAGCGAUUAGAGUCUGGGAGAUCAGCAAUUCUUACAUCACUGGUAUCCAACUACGUUAUGAUUACAUUUGGUCUCAAAGACUUGGACGCACAUUUGGAAGUACACAUGAGCUGGAACUAUUUGAUGGAGAAACCAUUGUUCAGGUCUCUGGUAAAUACCACACCAACUACAUCUAUCAGCUGAUUUUUGUGACCUCCAGAGGGCGCUCUCUGAUCGUCGGCCAGCCUACACAGGCCUCCUUCAACUUCUACCCGAUCCACCCGGACGCUGAGCUCAGACUGCUGAGUGGCCGCUAUAAUGGCAAUGGGAUUACUUCCCUGGGAGCUCACUGGGGAGUGGUCUUCAUGGAACAAGGCAACAGCACUGACACUAGCUCAGAAUGAAUAACUAAAAAAUGAAGUAAUGCUCUACUAUUGGUAACUGAUCAAAGACUGUCACUGAUUAUCUUACACGUUUCUAACAUGUUAAAAAAUGUGCACUUGGUAAUCUUAUACCGUUUUUUAGUCAAUACCUCUGAAAAUUGUGUCAGUGGAAUGAUGUUUUAUUAACUAUGAAAAAAAUGUGUAUCAAAUGAAGGACCAUUGAUGGCAUUUUACAUAUCUGCAUCACUGCAGGAAAUAAUGUCGUAAUGCAUUGCACUUUUAAUCAAAAUCACAUGUAUUUUGAGAAAUUCUAACUGCAAGGAUAACAAGAGAUUAUUCAAAAGACUGCAUGUUUCGUAUUUCUGCAUAUUUCUAAUGGUUGGGAAAAUUUGUAAAAUGUUCAGUCUGAGCCUCAUUAAAUUUUUUGCACGCUGCA